ACACAACUAGGGUCAACCCAUGCCACUCUCAAACCUCAUUGCUUCACUACCAAUCCACCCAUCCAAAACUCACUUCAUCCAUAACUCACUUCAUCCAUCGCUUGAUGCGAAUCAUGAUCCAUUCUGGCUUCUUCUCCCAACAUAUUGAUGACACGGAGAAUGAGCUACAAGUAAAGUAUUCACUCACUGAUGCAUCCAUACUACUGCUUAAGAACCAUGAAAUGAGUGUCACACCCUUCUUGCUUGCCAUGCUUGAUCCAAUUUUGACACAUCCAUGGAAUCAUUUUUCAAAUUGGUUCAAAAAUGGUGAUAAAACUCCAUUUGAUCUGGUACAUGGGAUGUCGUUUUGGGACUAUGCUGGAAGUGAUCCGAAAUUGAAUAAAUCAUUCAAUGAUGCCAUGGCAAGUGACGCUCGAUUAGUCGCUAAUUUGGUGAUUGAGAAGUGUAAGGGGGUCUUCAAGGGAUUGGAGUCAUUGGUUGAUGUUGGGGGAGGCACAGGGACCAUGGCAAAGGGCAUUGCAGAAUCCUUCCCUCAGUUGGAAUGCAUAGUAUUUGAUCUCCCACAUGUUGUUUCUGGUUUGCAAGGAAGUGACAACCUUAAAUAUGUUGGAGGGGACAUGUUUGAGGCCAUUCCUCCAGCCGAUUCCGUUUUGUUGAAGUCGAUAUUGCAUGACUGGAAUGAUGAGGAGUGUGUGAACAUAUUGAAGAAAUGCAAGGAGGCAAUAACAAGGAAAGGCAAGGAAGGGAAGGUGAUUAUCAUAGACAUGGUGUUGGAGAACGAAAAGAGAAAUGAAGAAUCAAUUGAAACACAGAUCCUUUUUGAUAUGUUCAUGAUGGGGUUGGUCACUGGAAAAGAGAGAAACAAGAAAGAAUGGAUUAAGUUGAUUUCCUCUGCUGGUUAUAGCAACUACAAGAUAACUCCAGUUUUAGGGUUAAGGUCUCUCAUUGAGAUCUAUCCAUAGUAAGUGAAUAAUGGGCCCAUUACUAUGUAUCAUUCAUAUGUAAAAUAUGAAGGGCUAUAAUUUUUCAGUUUCAUGAGUGAAUGUUGGAUAUGUAACAAUAACAAUUAAUGUCUAGACUAAGGCAGCAUGAGGAUAAGUAUAGUAGUUGGUCACUUGUCAACGUGUUGCAUGAUACAAGAUAUUUGAGUAUUUUAAGUAAUAAAAGUGUUUGAUUUAAUUA